CUGCAGCAGAAAAUACAGUAGGUUUGGAUAUUUGGAGUUAGUAACAUGGCUUUGUUGUCAUUAUAAAUGAUGUAUUGUGUUGGAUAGAGUCAAGGAAUUUCUAUUAAUAUAUUUAAUUAGAUUAAUGAAGGGAUGGCACGCACUUGAGUGGGUUACCGUUUUAUCCGUCACUUUAAAUAGAUAUGUCAUUGUUGGUUGAUGACCCAACAAAGUGAAAGCUAUGGCUGAUGGUGUACAGGAGGUUAGGGAUUCUCUGCCCACAGACAGUAAAGGAUGUCCAGUCACAAAAUCAUUGAUCUCUUAUGAAGAGAUUGCCAUUAAACUGUUAAAUGAAAAACUGUUAUUAACGGCCUUGGAAUUACACGCGGAACUAUGCGAAGCUGGAAAAGAGUUGCCUAUUUUAAGAGAUUUUUUCUCAAACCCAAAUCAUUUUGAGACUCAUAAUAUUAAACCAGAACCAUAUACUCCUAUGCCUAGGUCUUCUAGUCAGGCUACUUUAGAUUCUUUGGAUAUGACCAGAUAUUCAGAAGAUGGUGGAGGCGUUGAUGAAAGAGUAGCAAUUUUAGAGUUUGAACUAAGGAAGGCAAGAGAAAGUAUUUCUGCUCUUCGUGCGAAUCUCACUGUAGUAACAGAAUCUGAAGCAGCCACAUCUGACAAAGGUUCUGAUAAGCAGGUAGUUAGCAAACCACCCAUAAAACCCCAUGAACAAAGAGCUCUAAACUUUCUUAUUAACGAAUAUUUAUUAGCACGUUCUUAUAAAUUAACAUCAAUUACAUUUAGCGAUGAGAAUGAAAAUCAAGAUUUCGAAGAUUGGCAAGAUGUAGGAUUGAAUAUUUCAAAACCUGCAGAAUUAAUACAAAUUUAUAGAGAAUAUAUGAGAGCUAAUGGGUAUGAUAAACCACCUUCUGUGAGCAUUGGUGUGCAAACGGAUUUUUGCGAGAUAGAAUCUGAAACAGAUAAAGAUGAAUUUAAAGAAAUGGUAAACAAAGUGGAAGAACUUAAACAACAGACUAUAUUGUUAGAACAGGAAAAAUUAGACUUACAACAAAUUAUUGCUACAAGUGGAAGCUUAUCUCAAAAUCCAACUAAGCAAGAUAGCAGUGGAACCAUACAAACGUUAAAUUCGAGUUCUACAACUCCAGAUAAAUUUGAACUCCUUGAAACACCAGCUCGCGAUACGUCCACUGUUACUCAAGAACCAGAAGAAGAUGAUAGCGUUUCUGUUGUUGUUAGUCUUGGUGAAACAGAUCCUGGUGACAAAGAGUGGACGAGAAUUCAGUUACCCAGGGUAGACGUGACAGAAGGGUCAUCGAUACUUCCAAAUCCUCCAUCACGAAAUCUACCAUUGAAAUUCAAGAUGGAGGUAAUAGCACAUUGUUUAGUAAAUAUACCAAGUUCUAUCAUUUCUACCACUGAAGAACUUUUCAAAAAUGGAGUUACGCGCGACACUCUUGUUCAAAUUCUAUCACAAACAUUACCUCGCAUCGUACCCAAUAUUAUUUUGAAUAGACGCGAAGAAGUGAUACCAUUAAUAUUAAGUGCAAUUCGACUACAUAGUGAUUCUGCAGAAAGAGAAAAAUUACUACAACUUUUGUUCAGUCUAAAGAAGAGGCCGCAGGAGGAUGAGAGACAAUUAAUAUUAGCUGGUUUCGUUGCAAUGGCUAAACUUGAAGAUGAACCAAUGGAAGGUGAAGAAAUAUUGACUAUCUGUUGGGAACAGAGUCAACACAAGUAUCCUGAGAAAAGAUUGCUAGCUGUUGAGUGUUGUUCCGUAUUAACUCCAUACAUGUCAGUUGGCAUAAGGAACUCUUUAAUGCUUUCCAUGUUGCAACAAAUGUUACUCGAAGAUAAAGAUCCUACAGUCAGAGCUAGUGUAGUAAGGAGUCUUGCAUUGCUUAUAGCUUUAAUGGAUGAUCCUGAUAAAUAUUUUCAGUGCGAAGAAUUAGCAUUAACAGCACUUCACGAUAUAUCGCCUAUUGUGGUUGAAGUCGCAUCUUCUAUACUUUUACCGAUUUUAGCUCAAUGGGCGCUCUCUCUGAAAAGAUUGCAGACGCAUUUGUUACCGCGUAUAACGUCCAAAAUAAAGAAUCAUUUAAAACUUGGACAUUCUCAACACUCACCUAAUAAAGAUCAUAUCGAUGAAGGAAGAAUUGUUUCAUCAAUUGCGGUAUUACAGUAUUUACUUCCCCAUACAGUUAUUUGCGUAGCAGAUACCGAGAUCGUUAAAACUUAUAUUGAUCAUGGAAUAUCAUCUGACCUGCCGGAUGAGUUCCUGAACUUGUACCAUUCCAAUAUCGUAAAUCCAAAAGUAUUUUAUGAUGGAGAUACAAAUAUAGGAGCUCUUUUAAACACGUUUUUUGCGAACACGUGGGAAAAUGAUACCUGGCCAGAAUUGGAAUGGUUCACUAAUAAAUUAGUUGUGGAAAUUUUGACAAUGGUAAAAUCCAUUGAUAUUUUACAAGAAUCCAUUUUAAAUGCUCUUCUUACGUAUAUUCAUUCUCUGUGUUUGGGAUUUGGACAAUAUAUUACGGAAACUCGGAUCCAACCAAUAUUUGCAUCUGAGGUAGCUGAACUUGAACAGCAAUUAACGACAUUAUCAACAGAUAAAAAGAAUAUGAGUUUAACAUUAAUUCCAGCAUAUUUAAUUAUAUUGUCCACUUUAAACGGUACCAAGGUUUCUAACUCUUUAAAACAGUUCCUUGUUGCUUUAUCUAUGAGUGGAACCAGUAUUACUAGUUUACAAAUUGCAAUAAUUAUAUUAUGCUCCCAAGAGCAUAUGCAAGAGUAUGUCCUUAGUGGUUUAUGGGAUGGAGUAGUGCACCAAAGACCUAUUGUAAGAUGUGCAACUGCAACACUAUUUGGUUGUGUAAUAGCUCAUGUUUCCGAUAGGUUAGCAAGCGCGAAGGUAGUUCCUGCAAUUGUAACACUCGUUAGUGAUUCCGAUGUAACUGUUCGAUCUGCUGCAAUUCCUUCCCUUGGUCGUUUGAUAACGGAGUGCAAGGUUAGAGAAGUACGCGAUAAAGCACGUUUAACUUUAGAAACUAUUGCUAAAGAACCUCAGGGUGUCCCACCAACCUUAGCACUUCCGUUGGUUUCGACAUUAGCAUUUAUUGCCCCUAAUUGUCCUCAAAAUUAUAUAGAAGACGUUAUUGCUGCACAGUUAGUUGGCAUCACUUCAUCGGCAUUACAACAAGGUCGUAAAAUUGAUCUUAUUAAUGCUUUGGUUGAAGCAUAUUCUGUAUUGGUUUACUGUCCACUUAGCAAUCAAUGUGUUUCUGGUAUGUUGGUACCAGGAUUAAAAUGUCUUGAGCAAUUAGUUAAUCAGUAUUUACCACAACAAAAAGAAGCUGUACGAUCGUUGUUAAGAGAAGCUGAAUCUCGACAGGAUUUAUCAAAACCAAUGGAAAGGUCAUUAUCAAUGAGUUCCGGGCUUUCAUUGUCAAUGGCUACAGUAAAUGUAGGGCAAGGUGUAGAAGAUAUGAGGCAAAGAGUGAGCAAAAUAUUUCAACAGAAAACUAGCUCGCCUAGUAUGACUAGUAUUUUUCGAAAAAAAUAGUUUUCAUACUGCGUAUACGUCAUCUCGUGCUCUUACAAAUAAACAAAAAAUUCGAAAUAUAUCCUGCCAUAAUGCAAUUACGAUUUUAAAAAUAAUGUUAACAAGGAUUUAAUAAUAUUUACUAUAUUUUAAAAUUACAUAAGAGUAUCUUAUAGGUACAUUAACAGUUUAAGAAAUCGGUUGUGAUUAUCAAGCGUUGACGUCUUUAAAAGAUCGUUUCAUUUUUUGUAUUACUAUUUGAUAUUUGAAGUAACAUAGUCUUUAUUUUUAUUACGUGUGAUACCAUAGAUUUGUUGUAGCUAACGUAUAUCUGUACAUUUGUACUUAAAUCAAUCCUAACAUAAAUCAGUAGGUUUCUUUUUAGCUGUAAACGAAUGGUAAGAAGCAAUCAAAUUUAUUUAAAAUAAUUCAUAUCUUGUAAGAAUAUUUUAUUGUAUCUAUAUAUAUAUAUAUAUAUACAAUUACAUGUUUCUCGUAUAUACAUAUACAAUACAUGUAUAUAAUGUAUGCGUAUAUACAAUGAUAAUUCAUGACCACUGUAUCAUUAUUUUACAUAUACAUAUACAUAUAUACGUGUACACAUGUAUAUGCAUUAAUGUUUAUUAAAUAUUAAAUAUUGUAGUAUAUAUUAUUACCGUGCAAAGAAUAAAUUUUAUAAUAUAUUUAUUCUAAAUGCCUUUUUGUUCUAAACAUGUUGGUUUCAUUAGACAUAUCAGAAACUUAGGUAAGUUUUGUGACUGGUGUACCGCUCACCACGUCUUAUUUAUUACAACUCACGUAACACUCAAUAGCCAUGAAUUCAUCGAUACCCUGAGCAAUCUAUAAUAAUUCUAACGCUCUAAGAAUAUUUAUUUUGCAUAGACAAUCCAUCUGCCAUGAUGUGUAAAUUUUACACGAUGAAGCUUGCACACUUAAGUCUAAGAAACCUUCGGUGUAAUAACUAUUUACAUGAUUCUGAACAUGAAUGUGACAUUUUGUUGAAGAGAAAAAUCUCUAAGCGAGUAAGAACACAAAUAUAUUUCAAAAUAAACGUGAGAUUUCACUUUUUAUUUAACCACUAAGUAUUCGAAAUAAUGAGAAACUAUAUCACAAUUAUCGAAUGCAUAUGAACAAUGCGUAACGAAUAAAAGAAGAAAGAAAGAUCAAGUUUUUAUCUACAUUCGUAUUAACUACGAUCAAAAUAACAGAAUAUAAAAACUUAGAUUCUUAUCAGUUAAAGUGGUAAAUAAAAAAAGAUGGUAAAAAUGUUUGUUAAAUAAUAAAUACAUCUUUUUUUUUUCUAUUUUGAGAGAUGACUUUAGUCGUACGAAAAAAUUCUUCUAGAAGCGAAGAAAUUUAUCUACGUUAUCCAGACCCUUCUUUAAUCAUUCAAUGAAAUUCUUAAAUAUUACUAUUCGAUCUUCUCGUUCCUUUUUUUUUUUUUUUUUAUUUCCUUAGACG